GCGGGAGCGGGCGCGGGUGCGGGCGCGGGCGCGGGCCCGGGCGGCCUCCCCGCGCUAGCCGGCCCCGCGGCCCUGCCCCGGAGAUGCUGCCCUGGAGGAGGCACAAGUUCGAGCUGCUGGCCGAGGCGCCGCGGCAGGCGGCCAAGCCCAAGGGCUACGCGCUGCGCCUGCACUACUCGGCGCUCGGCUCGCUGGCGCGGGCGUGUCCCGAGGGCGCGCUGAGCCGGGUGGGCGGCAUGUUCCGCUCCAAGCGCAAGAAGCUGCGCAUCACCAGCGAGGACCCCACCUACAGCGUGCUCUACCUGGGCAACGCCACCACCAUCCAGGCGCGCGGCGACGGCUGCACCGACCUGGCGGUGGGCAAGAUCUGGAGCAAGAGCGAGGCGGGCCGCCAGGGCACCAAGAUGAAGCUGACGGUGAGCGCGCAGGGCAUCCGCAUGGUGCACGCCGAGGAGCGCGCGCCGCGCCGCCCGGGCCACCUGUACCUGCUGCACCGCGUCACCUACUGCGUGGCGGACGCGCGGCUGCCCAAGGUGUUCGCCUGGGUGUACCGGCACGAGCUCAAGCACAAGGCGGUGAUGCUGCGCUGCCACGCGGUGCUGGUGUCCAAGCCCGAGAAGGCGCAGGCCAUGGCGCUGCUGCUCUACCAGACGUCGGCCAGCGCGCUGGCGGAGUUCAAGCGGCUCAAGCGGCGGGACGACGCGCGGCACCAGCAGCAGGAGCUCGUGGGCGCGCACACGGUGCCGCUCGUGCCGCUGCGCAAGCUGCUGCUGCACGGGCCCUGCUGCUACAAGCCGCCCGCCGAGCGCAGCCGCAGCGCGCCCAAGCUGGGCCCCAUCACCGAGGACCCGCUGGGCGAGCAGCAGGAGCAGAGGCUGCAGGAGGAGGAGGAGGGCGAGGAGGGGGAGGGGGAGGACGACGACGACGAGGACGAGGACGAGGACGGGCGGCCCGAGGGCUGCCUGGAGGAGGACGACAGCGAGGACGGCGCGGGGGAGCAGGACGAGGCCGAGGCCGAGGCCCGCCGAGCGCUGGCGGCCGCCUUGCACCUGGGCUGCGGGGACCUGCUGGGCCCGCGGGAGGGCGGCGGGGGCUCGGCGGGGCCUGUGCCGCCGGGCGCCUCCUCCGAGCGGGCCGCGCUGUCCCAGCUCAUCCGCGGCCUGGGAGCGCUCAGCUUCGGCAACGACGUGCGCAGCCUGAGGGCCGACCUGCGGGUCACGCGCCUGCUGUCGGGAGACAGCGCGGGCUCCACCGAGGGCUGGACCGAGGGCUGGACCGAGGGCUGCCCCUGCCCCGAGGGCUGCACCUAUGGCUCCACCGAGGGCUGCCCCUGCCCCGAGGGCUGCACCUAUGGCUCCACCGAGGGCUGCACCUGCCCCGAGGGCUGCACCGACGGCUGCACCGAGAGCUGCACCGAGGGCGGGGACCCGGACGCCCCCCCAGCCCCCGCCGCCAGCCCCGAGGAGCCCCGCUCCGGCUGAGACCUGGCGCCCCGCGGGGACCAGCCCGCCCCGGCCCCCGCCCGCACCCCGCGGCAGGGAGACGGUCGGUCCGAGGGUCGAGGCCCAGAGGCGCUGCCCUCCUGCUCCGCACGGGGUGGGGGGCGCGGGACCGGGGCUCGGGGUGACUCGGAGAUGUGCAGGGCCCACCCGCAGGGACGCGGGGAGGCUGGGCUGGGGGAUGCCCCAGCCUGCUUGGCGAGCCCCUCCGGCUGCAGGCCCAUUAGCUGCAGCCCCCACCGGCUGCAGGCCCAUUAGAUGCAGCCCCCACCGGCUGCAGGCCCAUUAGAUGUGGGCCCACUAGUUGUAGCCCCCCACUGGCUGCAGCCCCCCCACCAGUUGCAGGCCUACCAGCUGCAACCCCCCCAACUGCAGACCCCCGUUACCGGGUGCAGCCCCCCCCCACCAGCUGCAGGCCCUCGGGUUUCCUGUUUGCCUGAGCAGGAGGCAUUAGUCCCUCCCCUGACCCCACCGACUGACAACAGGGGGGGCGAGGCCUUGUGGGGGGGGGAGGCCUAGCGCUGUCCUUAAAACACAUUUUCUUUUUGGCUCUCACGAGGACUUUGAGGCUGCAAUGCCACCUCUCUGCCCCCAGUCUUUUCAGUCUCUUCGGCAAGAGCCUGGGUUGUUUACCUUAGACUCAGACCCUUGACGUUCUGCCAAAUUCCUCAAAUAACUGUUUGGGGGUGGGGGCGGCGGCGGUGGAGAGAUGGAAGAAAGUUGCAAUUUGUUUACAGCGAAAGACAUCUAAUAUCUAAAAAAAAAAAAGUUUUUCGUUUAAAGACACACUUUUCUCCUGCUCAAAGGACGUCCCUCCAUGAUCCUGUGUAAAAUAUUUUGCACUGUUGUGAAGUAUUUUUGACUUUUUUUGUACAUAACUGUUCUGAGAGCUAAAUGUUUAUAUCUUUUGCUGUGCAAAAGACAUGUAAGAUGUUGUUCAGUUGUAUAUACAGAAAUGUGUAUAAAACAUCUCGUUAUUUUUUAAGAGUGGCACCGCUCUGGUUCUGUUUGCACAGGGGGCCGUGGGGAGAGAAUAAAAAGGACGAUGUCACAGCACA